AUGUUUAGACGGAAGGUGGGCAAAGGAGGUAAGGAUCACACGGAAAAUGAACUUGAUCCUUUUCAACUUACUGUCGACACCAGUCACCUGAAGCUUGAUGAUGCUACUCUCGAAAAAGAACUGGUUUCUAUUCUUGGAAGCGACGGAGCUGACGAAGAAGCAGAAGUUGAAGUACCAUCUGCUUCUCAACCCAAGAUGAAAACUGAGUCUUUCCCGUUCGAUGACGAGUUUGAGUUGCUACACCAGCUUGAAACGAAAUUAGAGGUCAGUGAUGGUAAUGGUGAACUCGAAAUACCAUCGAUUGGAGCAUCCUCGUGUUCUAAUGAAGGACCAGUGAUUCAUAAAAACAAAGCCCUGUCGAUUGUUUUGGAACGAAAGGCAGCUCUUGAGAAUAUUAUUACUUCAAUGAAAUCUUCUAGUGCCUUGACAGAUGUUGAUAGAGCCUGUUUGCAUCGAUAUGAACAGCUACUGGCCUUCGUAAAUUCGAUGGCAGAAAAAGCUGAGCUUAACAGUCCUAUCGACUUGAGGGAUCUCCCUCCUAUUCCAUCAUUAUCCUCAUCAUUUGAUUCAGGAUCAGUGACUUCAUCACAACGAAAAACAGGGGAAAAUAUUGUUUUAGAUUACAUUAAUUCAGAGAUUUCGAAGUCAAAACCUACUGUCAUGUCAGAUUCUAACAAAGCGGCUGCUGUUGGGCAACUGAAAGCACGACUCACUGAAUAUCGGUGCGCGGCGGCACUAGCCCAAAAGGAGGGCAAGAAGUCUCGUGAAGCAGAGUUAAUGGUGGCAGUCAAUGCACUUGUUGAGGCGAUUCCUCGGAUAGAAUCUGGUGUAGAAGAAUUCGAUCCCUCUGACAUGCCUCCGCCGCCUGAGCAUUUUCAUCUGCCUCCUGAGGCUCUGGCUGAGGUUACUGGGGGCAUCCAGCAGAGUCCUUCGACUGAUCAGUCACCUGUGUCGGCACCCUUAGCAAAAGCCCAACCUUCUGAUCCUACUGUUGCUGCUAUCGCCAAAGCAGCGUCUUCAACUGUGGCCAGUAAGGAGUCUCUUACUGCUAGAAUACAAAUUCUUAAGGCAAUGAUUCAAAAAGCAAAUGCCUCAGAUAAGCGUCUUUACGAGCGGACUCUUCAAGCCUACAACAAAGCGCUGCGUGCCUUCGAGGCGGGUAUUCAGUUCAACUACGGUGGACUCAAUCCUUUACCUUCUUGUCCGCAGUUCACCUCCUCUGCGUCUUCACCACCGCUUUCCACUGAUCUCGCUAGCUCCUCAGCGCUUGGGUCCGCCUCGUCAAGUGAAUCUCGAAAACUGGAGUUGUUGCUUAAACGUCAAACGGAGCUGCGUAGGGCGGCGGCCCAAGCCAAGGCACGUGGAGACAUGACUGCGGCUCGGGAGUAUCUACGGUCCUCCAUGGGCAUGAACAAUAUGAUUCGCUCGGUGAAUGCAGGUCUUCCAAUUGAUUUGAAGCAGCUUCCCUCUCCUCCUGGUGUGUCUGCGUCUGUAGCUGGCAAUUCACAAAUGCAACCAAUCUUAUCAGGUGUUGCUUGUGAUCCGCCGGUCGAUUUUCAAACAGCCAUAGUGACGGCUGGAAAUGACCCUAUGGCUAUCUGUGAUAAAUUGAUAAGUCAGCUGGAAGCCCAAGCAGCUGAAGCCGAGAGUUUGUCCAAAGAUCACCGUGAAGCAGGCUUAUCGAGUCUUGCUGAUAAGUUCUUUGAUCUGGCUGACGUCUCGCGCAAGUGGAUUGCUCUCACCACUGCCUACAAGCACCGUUCACGGGUUCCCCAGUACGCAUUCGAGAAGGCCAACCUUUCUCGACUUAACAUAAAUACUGACCUGGGUGAUGGAGUAUUGGAAGUCACAGUGGUUAGAGGAAUUUCUCUCCCUGUGCCCUCGUGCCUCAACGGUCCUUCGGCACUCGAUACUUACGUCACCCUUGAACUACCUUUUCCAUCCUCUGAGUCCCCGCAAAAACACUCCACAGAAUGGGCACGCCACACGAAUGAACCAACCGACUACGGUGGUUAUCAAGCUUCUGCACGCUUCGAGGUGAAUCGGAAGGCUAAGUCUUAUGAGCGCCUGUUACAGGGUAUAAAAUCGCUAAAAGCCACAGUUUACUAUAACCGUGGACUAUUGAAGCGACCGGCAGUGUUGGGCACGGUGUCGGCGAAAUUAAAUGAAUUAAUGGCAAAUGCUACCUACACUGCCUGCUAUGAUCUGAUGGAUGGAAGGAAAGCUGUAGGAGGCCUACUUGAAUUGCGCUUUAGGCACCGGACACCGCUUCAUGUACGGAAAUAUUACAAUUAA